AGAAGGCUAGGCCCAUAUAAAUACACACUACGCUUCGGGACAGAAGUUUUCCCCACGACGCUUCUCUUGUUGCAGCAAAGAUGGUUCUCGAGGCAACUAUGAUAUGCAUCGAUAACUCCGAGUGGAUGCGUAAUGGCGACUAUUCGCCGUCUAGAUUGCAGGCUCAGACGGAGGCUGUUAAUCUUCUCUGUGGAGCUAAAACCCAGUCGAACCCGGAGAAUACGGUCGGGAUUUUGACAAUGGCGGGGAAAGGAGUUAGGGUCUUGGCUACUCCAACCUCGGAUCUUGGCAAAAUUUUGGCUUGUAUGCAUGGUCUUGAUUUGGGAGGAGAAAUCAACUUGACGGCGGCUGUCCAGAUUGCUCAGCUGGCUCUUAAGCAUCGACAAAACAAGAAUCAACGUCAGAGGAUCAUUGUUUUUGCUGGAAGUCCCAUCAAGUAUGACAAGAAGACACUAGAGAUGAUAGGGAAGAAGCUGAAAAAGAACAGUGUGGCUCUUGACAUUGUUGAUUUUGGGGAAGAUGAUGAUGAUGAAAAGCUACAGAAACUGGAGGCUCUCGUUGCAGCUGUUAAUAACAAUGACUGCAGCCACAUUGUUCACAUCCCGCCUGGUGCGAAUGCUCUUUCCGAUGUCCUUCUCAGCACACCCGUUUUCACUGGAGAAGAGGGUGGAGGUACUUACAAUGCUGCAGCGGCGGCAGCUGCAGCUGGUGGGGAUUUCGACUUCGGUGUGGAUCCAAAUCUUGAUCCGGAGCUGGCUCUCGCUCUGAGAGUGUCCAUGGAGGAGGAGAGAGCUAGGCAAGAAGCUGCAGCUAAGAAGGCGGCUGAGGAAACAGUUCAGAAGGACAAAGGAGGGGACUCAUCUUCUGUACCACAUGAUACAGUGGCUAGGAAAACUGAGACAAAUGCUGAGCCAAUGGAUGAGGACAAAGCGCUGCUGGAUCAGGCAAUUGCUAUGUCUGUAGGCGAUGUUAACAUGACAGAAGCGACUGAUGAAGAUCAGGAUUUGGCUUUAGCUCUGCAAAUGUCAAUGCAAGGGGAUGCCCAAGGCUCUGGUGGACCCACAGAAGCCAGCAAUCUCCUUGGUGAUCAGGCUUUCAUAUCUUCUGUCCUCUCAUCCCUUCCUGGAGUUGACCCAAAUGAUCCAGCUGUGAGAGAGCUGCUGGCCUCUUUGCCAGAUGAAUCGAAGUCUCAAGAGAAGGAAGGCAGUAAGAAACCUGGUGAUGACAAGUAAAAAGGUUGUGGUUUUCUGCUAUCAUUCUCAUUCAGGGCCAUAUUCUCUUGGGAAAAAAAAAAUCUAGCAGCUUAUUGCCUCGAAGCAGAAAUCCUGUAUCAGCAAGAAUAUGAUUGAACGAAUGGGAAAUUGAAGCUUGUGUUUUGUGUUCCAUGCGAUUUAUGAGAGGAGGACGGAAAAUGGGUGCGUUUAAUUUUCUGUAUGACAAGGCAAAUUAAUAGGCGACUUUGUUGCUCUGUUUUA